AUGGAAUACAACUGGAAACUUUUGGACAUCUGCCUGCUGCUGCUGUGCACGACGUUGUCCACGUCUCGAAUGCAGUGGAGCAUACGAAAACCCACCAAUUCGGUGACCAUACGACAGAGUGCUGUGAGCAUGUGCCUGAAUCAUGCGAGUGGCAGCUUUGUGGAGCAUCCGGACGAUUGUCGCAUGUUCUAUUUGUGCCAGGACAAUGGCGAUGCUGUGCUUGCCUCCUGCCCGUCCAAUAUGUAUUACAAUAAGGUGAACAAAAUUUGCGAUACGGCUGAUAAUGUUAAGUGCAAGAAUAGCAGCAGCAGCGAGAUCAGCAAUGCACCUGACACCGGCGAAAACGAGCUGAACAACAUGGUCACGGAUGCGGCUACUUAUUGUGCGACGUUAACGCCACAGGCGGGCACCGAUCGGAUUGUGUAUAUUGGCAGCUCGAGCAGUUGCAAUAAUUAUUACAUUUGCUAUUAUGGACAGGCUAUACUGCAAGAGUGCAGUGUGGAGCUGCACUGGAAUGCAGUGACGGCCAAAUGUGACUUGCCGGAGCGCGCCAAGUGCACGCUGGAGGAGAAUACAGUGCCUGUGCAGCCGCCUGGUGAUAUUGCCAGCGAGCUUUUGCAUUGCCCGGCCUAUGGACAGCAUCUGUAUCCGCAUAUGCAGCGCUGCGAAUUCUUUAUUUAUUGUGUUAAAGGUCAUGCAACCUUGCAGCAGUGCCCGUUUUACUACUUUUUCGAUGUGAUCACCAAGACCUGCCAAUGGUCACGCACGGCGCUGUGUGUGAGGGAUUUGAAUUUUCCGCGCCAUUAGUAAUAAUAUAAUCGAUAUCGACAGUUCCACAAAAAAAAAACACACACACACACACACACAAAAGAGUGACCGUAUCGGUAGCAAUUAAUCGAUACUAAGUAUCCGCCUAUUCGAGUCGAUUAAUAUUUGUCGUGAUGGCAUGCCAUAUUACACCAAAAUUUUCAAUGCGACGGUCACACUGUUGUUGGCCUGGCCACUGUUUACACGAAUUUUUUUAUAAUUAAAAUGAUAAAUUGUGCAGCGCUGCUUAACAAUAUGAAUUAAAUAAUAAAACCAAGAAUAUAGCUUAACUAUGUCCUUACUAAAACUCAGCAUACAAGUUUUACGACAAGCAACAAAGUAAACAAAAA